AUGAUAUUUUCGAGGGCCGGGGCCACGGCCAUCCCAUCAUGCCAGACCGAGCCAAGUGGGCCCCUCCCCCUCCCGGAGACCCCGGAGACGCCUUUCCUCUCCGACGUCGCCGCCGCGGCGCAUCCUCGCUCGUCCAUUCGUCGGUCCGAUUCUUCUCGACGUCGUCCCGUCCUGUCCUGUCCCGCCAUCGCAGUCCCCCAUCCGACCUCUUCCCAGGCACACAUCACACGUCAACCGCAGCAUGGCCACGUACGUACCCGUGCAACCUGCAACCCACCGCGCAGCAGCCAUGGCAGAGCGCACGCUAACCAAGCCGUCAACGUCGACGCCGCCGCCGCCGCCACCAGCAACAUCACCUGGCACCCGUCGCUCUCGCGCAAGGAGCGCAACCAGCUCCGCGGCCAGCGCGGCCUCACCAUCUGGCUCACCGGCCUCUCGGCCUCGGGCAAGUCCACCGUCGCCACCGCCCUCGAGCAGCACCUCCUGCACCUCGGCCGCGCCGCCUACCGCCUCGACGGCGACAACGUCCGCUUCGGCCUGAACAAGGACCUGGGCUUCUCCGAGAGGGACCGCAACGAGAACAUCCGCCGCGUCGCAGAGGUGAGCCGUGCCGUGUCGUGCCGCGCCGUGCCCGUUGCCCGUUGCCCGUUGCCCGCUGACGACUCGACAAAACCCCCCCAGGUCGCCAGGCUCUUUGCCGACUCGUCCACCGUGGCCAUCACGUCCUUCAUCUCGCCCUACCGAGCAGACCGCGACGUCGCCCGCCAGCUGCACGCCGCCUCGCAGGACCCCCGGGACGAGCCCAUCCCUUUUGUCGAGGUCUUUGUCGACGUCCCCCUCGACGUCGCUGAGCAGCGCGACCCCAAGGGCUUGUACAAGAAGGCUCGCGCCGGCGAGAUCAAGGACUUCACUGGCAUCUCGGCCCCCUACGAGGAGCCCACUGAUCCCGAAAUCACCAUCAAGACACACCAAAACUCCGUCGAGGAGUGUGUCGCCCAAAUCGUCGACUGGCUCGUCGACAAGGGCUACCUCAAGUUGAACUAG